AUGGUGUGCCUUGAUAUUCUGACAAUUGCCCUGUUGGCACCGGUAGUCGCAUCGUCCGCUCUGCGUCCAUCUCGCCGCCAGACUAGUCUGAGUGCAUUCAUACAAUCAGAGUCUUCUGUUGCGCUUCAGGGAGUGCUAAACAACAUUGGAGCCAAGGGAGCUGAUGCGUCUGGGGCCUCUUCUGGUAUUGUGGUGGCAUCUCCGUCCAAGUCAAAUCCAGACUAUUUCUACACGUGGACACGCGAUGCAGCAUUGACUUUCACAAUGGUCAUCGAGCAGUUCAUCGCCGGAGAUAGUUCUCUGGAAUCCUCGAUCCAGGAAUACAUUACCGCACAGGCUAAAUUACAAGCCGUGUCAAACCCAUCCGGCGAUCUGUCAGAUGGUUCAGGGUUGGGAGAGCCCAAGUUCAAUGUGGACAUGACUGAGUUCACUGAUGCUUGGGGUCGUCCUCAGCGUGAUGGACCGGCCCUGCGAGCAUCGGCUCUCAUCGCAUAUGGUAACAACUUGAUUGCAAAUGGGAAACAGUCUGUUGUCAAGUCAAACAUAUUGCCUGUUGUCCAGAACGACUUGAACUAUGUGGCCCAGUACUGGAACCAGACUGGAUAUGAUCUCUGGGAGGAAGUUCAAGGAUCGUCAUUCUUCACGAUUGCUGCACAGCAUCGUGCUUUGGUCGAGGGCAGCGCCUUCGCGAACUCCCUAGGAGAAUCAUGUACUGGUUGUGAUUCUCAAGCUUCUGAGGUCCUUUGUUUUCUUCAAGAUUUCUGGAACGGCACCGCUGUGGUUUCCAAUCUGGCUAAUAACGGCCGCUCGGGGCUGGAUGCCAACUCCUUGAUCAGCUCAAUCCACACAUUUGACCCCAACGCGGCCUGCGAUGACAUAACUUUCCAACCGUGUUCUUCCCGAGCACUAUCGAACCACAAACUAGUGGUAGAUUCCUUCCGCUCCAUUUACAAUAUCAACAAUGGCAAGAAGGCUGGAACUGCCGCUGCCGUGGGCCGCUAUCCAGAAGACACAUACCAAGGCGGCAAUGCCUGGUAUUUGGCAACUCUUGCAGCAGCUGAGCAGCUGUAUGAUGCACUCUACCAGUGGAACAAGCAGGGCUCACUCUCUAUCUCUCAAACAAGUCUACCCUUUUUCCAAGAUCUUGUCUCUUCCGCUACAGUUGGAAAUUAUUCUACCUCAUCAUCUACAUAUAGAUCAAUCGCCAGUGCAGUCAAGGAAUAUGCUGAUGGAUUUGUUUCCAUCGUGCAGCAAUAUACCCCGAGUAACGGAUCCCUUGCAGAACAGUUCACUCGCGAUGACGGAACGCCAACCUCUGCAGCCGAUCUUACCUGGUCUUAUGCCGCAUUCAUGACAGCAGCUUCUCGGCGGAACGGCACUGUGCCAAACAGUUGGGACGCGACUAGUGCCAAUAAAGUUGCCACUCAGUGCCAAGGAGGGUCUGCUACCGGCAGUUAUACUACCCCGACCACCAGUGCAUGGUAG